AAUGGAAAAUAUUGAGAAAUUCUCAAGAGCAUUUUCGAGUGUUUAAGAGAGAGAGAGCGAGAGAGAGAGAGAGAGAGAGAGAGAGAGGAAGGCACUGCACAGCAGCAGAUCUUCAGUCUGGCCAAGGAAUAGCAGCGGCGCAGACAACGCCACGUCAGGGAGCGCUCGUAAAUUGGAGAAAAAGAGGAAGAAUUUACAGAGUUUAUUGAAAAGGCAAUUUGCUAGAUUAGUUGGAAUCGCAUCGUGUAAAUUCUUGCGAGCGUGUUUGGCGGCAUGUUCCGAGUGUCGCAGGAGAUUCGCUUGAAUACGAGCGCAGCGGGCGCCGCGGGGCAGCCCCAGGGGCUGGCCGAUGUCGGCGAUGUCAGCAGCAGUACGGAGAGUUGUUGUAUUUUCGGUCGAUACCAGCGCACGCCCGAUGCGGAUGCGUAUCCAACAGAGCCGCCGCAUGUCUAUGUAGCGCCCGAGCUGACCGACGCGGGCAAGGUGCAGUUGCUGCAUUUGCCCAGCGGCGCGGUGCGCGUCAAUUCCACGAUUAGCUUCGUCAUCAAGCGCAAUGGGGUGAAGGGCAACUUCGAUGUGCGCCUCGAGACACCCAGCGGACAGCACGGAGCGCCACUGCAGCUGACGCAGCUGGAUCCGGAACGCUUUCAGGUGGAAUGCCAGCUGACGCAGGCGGGCCUCUAUAAGGUGCACAUCAAGUGCAAUUCCGUGCCGCUGCCCAAGUCGCCCUACAUUAUAGUCACCAUAGCUGGAGCGGCGACACCAAUUGAGGAUGGGAACGAACAUGCCGCCAGCAAGCCAUCAAGUAAGUGUCCCAUAUAUUCCAGUGUUCACAUUUCUAAUGUAUGCUAUGCAGUGCCCCACUUCGAAUCCGAUGCCAGCAAAGUUCAGAGUCGGGGCCUGGGUCUGACCCAUGUCAAUCUGCUCGAGCGGAACGAGUUCACGGUGGAUGCCAGCUCUGCCGGCAGUAAUAUGCUCUUUGUGGGCAUACUGGGACCGCAGGGACCAUGUGAUGAGGUGCUGGUCAAGCAUCUGGGGCGGCAUGUAUACCGUGUCGCGUACCAGGUGAGGGAGCCGGGCGACUACACUCUGGUGGUCAAGUGGGGUGAGCAACACAUUCCAGGAUCACCCUUUAGCCUCUCUGCCGAGUAACUGGAAGCACGUAAUGCAGGCUGGGUUCUAGCUCGGCAG